AUGUAUGAUAAAAGCUGGAAUGAACAUUUGAUUAAACAGGUUUUUAGCAUGGAUAUCGCAGACAAAAUUUUGCAUACCCCGCUCAUAUCACAGGUGGAGGAUGAUAGACUCAUAUGGAAAGCGGAACGAAGUGAUAAGUAUUAUGUGUGUAGUGCGUAUCGUCUUUGUGUUACUGACUUAAAAGACUCCUCCUAUAAUUGGCGCCCGGGAUACUGGUCGGGGAUUUGGAAACUUAAAGUCCCACCAAAAGUCAAAAACUUGGUAUGGCGAAUUUGUCGUGGGUGUCUCCCAACACGCAUUCGACUUUUGGAUAAAGGCGUUGUGUGCCCCCCUAAUUGCGCCAGUUGUGAUUCCAACAAUGAGGAUCUUCUGCAUGUAUUUUUUACUUGUCCGUUCGCUGUUCAGGAACUGUCCGCUGAGCUAGCGCAACGGCUAACGUCGGUUUUGUGGAGCAUCUGGAAACAUCACAACAUCAGAGUGUGGGAUGAUGGUACAGAAACUAGUGCAGCGGCCGUGGAGCGUGCGCGAAAUCUGGUUGGUGAUUGGCAACUAGCAAACAUGCCUGAUACUCUAGCAUCUGCUGCGCAACAACAACAACACAUGCCAUUGCAGACCAUAAGGUCGCUUGCUAGACUUCGACUUGGUGGGCAUUCACGGCAGCACCGUUCACCAGGAAGGUACAAAUGCAAUAUUGACGCGGCGUUUUGUAAUCAAUCUAACCGUACAGGCAUAGGCAUUUGUGUGCGGGACUCCGACGGCACUUUUGUGCUAGCAAAGGCGGUUACAAUUACUUGUGUGAUGCAGGUGGAUGUUGGUGAAGCUCUAGGCCUCCAUGCGGCAGUGGAGAGGUUAAGUGACACGCAUCUUGAUAAUGUGGAUUUUGAAACGGACUCCAAGCUUACGGUUGAUGCCUUUCGGUCUACUCGGAACGACGACUAUGAAUUUGGUUCUAUUAUUUCAUCUUGUCGUUCGCUAUUUAAUUCUGUUUUUUCUAACUCUAGGGUGGAGUUUAUUAGGAGACAAGCCAACGAGGUUGCUAACGCUCUUGCUAGAGAUGCCACGUCCUUAGCUAGCUCCGUAGUUUAUUAUGACAUACCCAAUUGUAUUGAAUCCAUUAUUAUUAAUGAAUUGCUUUAA